ACAAAUUAUUUACUCAAUAAAAAUGAAUACUCAAAAGAAAGCAUCAAAUUUGGCAAUUUCUCCAAAGACUGAGCAUAAGAAUAGACUGGCUUAUCGGCAAAAGAAAAUGGAAGAAUUGAAUAAAUUAAAACAAAAGAUCAAGCAGCUUGAUGAUGAGUUGGAAAAAUGGGAUAAAGCUGGGAAGGAGUGA